AUGUCCAAAAAGGAACCCACUCGCGCUCAGCUGUCUUCGCGUCUGGCCUAUCAGUCUCGAACACCUGCGUUCCUGCUCAGGAUGCAGCAAGGUUUGGGCGGAGGGGGAAGGAGGGAUGACGAUGAUGACGACGAGUUUGAGGAUGAUGGCUCUGGGAGACCUCCCAUCCCCAAGCGUCCGGCCAUUCCAGAACGCCCGGACGGCGAGCCUGGGAGCGAAGAUGAAGACGAUCUGGACGAGAAGCCGCAGGUCGUGGUGUUGAGGGAGGGCAAGCAUCUGACGGAGAGGGAGGUCGAGAAUGAAAGGCGGAAAGCGAAGGGCCUCCCUCCUCUACCUGAGCCUACGGAGAAUGGCUCUGCUACUGCGAAGGAUGAGUACUCCGAAGGGUCGGCGUCAGCAGAGUCGAAGUCAUCCAAGCAGCCGGGUCUGUCAUUCGGCGCGUCUAGCAAAGCAAAAGGCGCGAAACGCAAAGCAGUCGGGGACGGUCGAGACGACGCGGAGAAACUGAAACCCGAUGUCGCAGUCAAAGCAACCAAGAAGAAGGCAAAAAAACAAGACAAGAAGUUGCUGUCGUUCGCCGAGGAUGCAUAA